CGCACAUCCAGCCCAUCCACCUGCAGGGGCUCAUCUCUUCUAUUUGGACCAGACUCCACUGGAGCGAAAACUCUACUGCACUGACACAGAAUUGUACCUCAAAAUUUUUCAGAGAUGAAUGAAAAAAAUACAACGUAUGUAGAUUUGAAACACCUUCCUUCCACAAAACACAUCCAAAAAGAAAAGAUAAAAGAGUCGGUAAUUUACUCAGAAGUGAACAAAUCUUCUUCAAACUGCAGUCAGACAAAGAUAACAAGGAAUAAAUCCCCCAAAGGAAAAGGGUCUUCAGUUCCAUUUACCUGGAGUCUCACUGUUGUGAUCCUUGGAAUCUUCUGCUUCUUGUUCCUUGUAACAACUGGAAUUUUGGGACUCGUGGUUUUCCAGGGUCAUCAUGAGUACCAGCCACAGAAACCACCACUGGACAACGUUACACAGGAAGACAAUUCCAUGUUGAAAAACAUAACUUUCAUAGAGGAACUGCUUCACACAGGAAGUAAGAGCAGCACAUGUGAGAGAAAACGGGCAUGCAACCUAUGA